CGCCGUCGUCUCGUUUUGUAUAUACAAAAGGCAGAGGCGGGGCGCCUCCACCUCCACCUCCAUCCCCUCGAGGCCUCACCAGCCAGAAUACUACACACGAAUCACCAGCCAUGGACGCCAACUGGGGCGUUGGCGUUGGCGUUGACCUGAACGCCCCGCCGCCCACCGGCGGCGACUGGCGCGCCCAGCUCCUGCCCGAGGCGCGCAGCAGGGUCGUCAACAAGAUAAUGGAAUGUCUGAAGAAGCAUCUGCCGGUAUCAGUGCCAGAGGGACUGAACGAACUUCAAAUCAUCGCUGUGCGGUUCGAAGACAAGAUCUAUGCUGCAGCGACCAGCCAGUCUGAUUAUUUGCGCAAGAUCUCUCUGAAAAUGCUAUCUAUGGAGACGAAGACACAACCUGGAAAUGCUCAAGUGAUUCCAAAUCAAAUGAACCUCGGUCAAGCCUCUCCAGCAUCAUGUUUAAGAAUGCCCGACGGAACCCCCUGGCGGCCCACCCAGGGGCCAGACCCCGCUGCAGUCGCUGCUGCCGUCGCCGCCGCCGGCGUUCACCCGAACGCCUCGGCCCCCACCGGAGGCGAUUGGCGCCCCCAGCUUCAGCCCGAGGCGCGCAGCAGGAUCGUCAAUAACAUAAUGGAAUCUCUGAAGAAGCAUCUGCCAGUAUCAAGGCCAGAGGGACUGAACGAACUUGAAAAAAUUGCUGUGCGAUUCGAAGAGAAGAUCUAUAAUGCAGCGACCAGCCAGUCUGAUUAUUUGCGGAAGGUUUCUCUGAAAAUGCUAUCUAUGGAGACGAAAACAUAACAGGCUCCUGAAAAUGCUCAAGUGAUUCCAAAACAACCCCGGUCAAGAUGCAUAAGCUGACGAUUAUCGUGAUACUAAGUUCGCUAGCGGUAUGAUGACUAGGUGUAUUCUCAAUUGCUUGUUCGUGUGGGGAUGGCGUCUCUCCAUGUUCGAGUGUGAUGUAUGUUUCCACUGCCAAAUGAAGAAGUUGUGCUUGUGCCCUUAGUGCCGUUGAGGUGCCAUGUAAUAAGUUAGACAUUGUGUAAGACUAUGUUGUUUAAUGUAUGGAAUUUCUGUAUCAACCACGCUUCCUAGCUUCAUGAUCCUGGGGCGUGAGCCGACUAGAUAGGAAAGCGAGGCUGGAUUAACAAUUUGAAGCUAAUAAUGUUUAAACAGUGUAUGACUAGUUUUGUAUAUACAAACAAAGAUAAGGAUGUAAUGUCUAUGCUCAGGUCAGGGAAAGUUAUUGCCCUUUGGACA